GUUGAUUUAGAAGCACAAAAAAUCAAUGAGAGUAUAAGAGUAGGUUUUUCUCUCUUUCAGUAUCUCCACAGGAAGACGAGUCUGCAGGUUGACGCUGCCUAGAAGGAAGAGAAGACAUUUCUCCUGCAGAUAAACAUCAUCUUUGACAUCUGCAUAAUAUUCAUUUGAAGGAUGCUGACCACAUCUCUACUUAUGUUCACCAUGAUGGCUCUGACUAGAGCAAAUAACAUCAACAGCAUUUCAGAUGUCACUGGCUCAAGCUUCGGACCAGUGCCUUGUCCUAAAAAUUGGACUGAGUAUGAUGGUCACUGUUUCCAAUAUGUUGCAAGAAACUUGAGUUGGGCCGAGGCUCAGAAAAACUGUCAGUCCUUGAAUGCAAACCUUGCAUCGAUACACAGCCUUGAGGAGUACCAAAGCAUUCAGGGCCUUAUAAUGGAAAUCACUACACAGGAUACAAACACAUGGAUUGGAGGCUCAAAUUGUGAAGAGGAGGAUGAUUGGUUCUGGGCUGACAAUACACCUUUCGAGUACAAAACAUGGUGUGAAGGAGACCCCCAUGGUUUUAAAAAAGGGCAGUGCUGUCUGCAGAUCAAUUAUGGAGAUAACAAAUGCUGGCAUGACACAAAGUGUUCAACUUCACUUCCAUCGAUGUGUGUCAAAAAGCCCAUUGUAUCCUAAGUCAACGCAUAGACAUGCAUCCAACUCGCGCACACAGUGGAGGAGUGAUUGCAUGAAUGUUUGCAUACACAGCUGUGUUUACAUCAGCAGCCCUAAUGUCUACAUCUCAUAUCUCAACUGUAAUUAUUUGACUACAGCAGAUAUGUUCCAUGUCCACAGGAAACUAAGAGGAGCUUUAAUAGUUAUAAAACAAAUGCUUUAUUAUCCUCAUAGAAAAACAAAAUCCUUUCUUGUAUUCCAAAAUUAAAAGUUCAAGUACUGAAA